CAAUGCAACCCAUGCCUUCACCCUCACAAGUGGUCCUACUCCAUUAAUACAAUGAGAAGACUCCAUUUCUUAUCCAGCAAAACCCACCCUACCAAUGUUUUUUUCCGCUCUCCCGCACUCUCUUCAAUUCUCUCAUAAUACCAAAAAAUAAGUGAAGGGCCAGGGCCUAACCCCAUCAUCGUCGUCGUCAUGUCAGUGGUUUGGAGCAGGGAAGAAGAAAAGGCCUUUGAGAAUGCCAUCGCGAUUCAUUGGGUUGAAGAUUCAAAGGAACACUGGGACACAUUUGCUUCGAUUGUUCCCAGCAGAACCGUGGAAGAGUUGAAACGGCAUUACCAAUUGCUGGUUGAGGAUGUUUCUGAUAUUGAGGCCGGCCGCGUUCCACUCCCCACUUAUUAUGCUCAACAGGAAUCCGCCACUUCUAAUACUGCAGCCGCCAAAGACCCGCGUGCCCGUUCGGCUACGUUGACGUCCUCCGAUCGGCUUUCCGACGCAACCCGCGGUGGCGGAGCCGCCGGCACCUCUCACGACUCUGCCGGUAAAGGCGGCUCCCGCUCGGACCAAGAACGUCGUAAAGGGAUUCCAUGGAGUGAAGAAGAGCACAGGUUAUUUCUGCUUGGUUUGGACAAGUUUGGGAAGGGAGAUUGGAGAAGCAUUUCCAGGAAUUAUGUGGUUUCCAGGACGCCAACGCAAGUUGCUAGCCACGCGCAAAAGUACUUCAUCCGUUUAAAUUCAAUGAAUAGAGACAGGAGGAGAACCAGCAUACAUGACAUUACCAGCGUAAGAGGUGGCGGCGACGCAUCGCCUCACCAACCACCACCCAUCACUGGCCAGAACCCCAACGCCACCUCCCAUGGGAUGGGCUUGUAUGGAACGCCCGUAGGUCACCCCGUGGCCGCUCUGCCUAGUCAUAUUGCUUCAGCAGUUGGGACUAUAGUCAUGCUUCCCAGCCAUGCCCAUCCUCCUUAUGUUCUACCGGUGGCAUAUCCGAUCGGACCGCCACCUCCGCCGCACAAUAUACACCAAAAAUAAACUUACUACAUGACCACCGGGCGGAUGAUCGACCUGGUUCUCACUCAAUUUGGGAGGCCAGUCUUAAGUUUGUUCAAUUACUGUUUCUAAGGUGUGUUUAACAUUAAUUUAAUUUUCCUAGUUCUGCAACCAGAUGGACAAUUUUGUAAAUGCUGUGGACAUAUAAAAGUUAUCGGGCCAAUUAGGGCAGUGUAUCUUAAAUGCUACCGGGCUUUAUUAUAUCUUAUUGGGCCACUGUCAAAAUCGG